AUGAGCCCGCCGAACACCGUCGUCUCGGACCCGCGCUUUAGCAAAGUGCACAACGAUCCGCGCUUUGCCCGCAACUCGAAGAAGCGCAACAAGGUCCAGCUCGACAAGCGCUUCGAAGCUGUCUUGACCGACAAGAAGUUUCAGAGCGUGCAAGGCAAGUACGACAAGUAUGGUCGCCGCAUUGAGGAGCAAGAGAACGAGAUGAAGAAGUACUACAACCUCGAAGACGAGGAUGAGGACAAGGAGGACGCGGACGAAGAUGACAACGAUGACAUCGAAGGCAAGACCGCCAAGCCCAUGACGGCGGCCGAGAAGCGCAUUGCAUACCUGAACAAGAUGGCGCGCGGCGAGCUCAGCGACGACGCCGCGGGGUCGAGCGACUCGAGCGACAGCGACGACGACGACGCCGAGGUCGACGACGAGGCGACGCAUGAGCCUGCCGAGGAUAUUCCCAUGGGCGACGAGACCAAGCGGUUUGCGAUCAUGAACUGCGACUGGUCCCGCAUGCGUGCGGUGGACCUCUACGCACUCUUCGAGUCGUUCGUGCCUGCGGGCGGCGUCGUCCACGACGUCACGAUCUACCCGUCCGAGUUUGGUUUGCAAAAGAUGGCUGAGGAAGAGAAGUACGGUCCCCGCGGUCUCUGGGACGAUGAGAAGAAGAAGAAGGAAGAUGACGAGGACAGCGACGACGAGAGCGAAAGCGACGAUGACGACGACCCGCUCGGCAUGAAGAAGUCGGCGUCGAACGAAGAAGACUUUGACAAGGAAAAGCUCCGCAACUUUGAGCUCCAGAAACUCAAGUACUACUACGGCGUCGCGACGUUCAACACGGUCGCCGCGGCGAGCGCAGUCUUUGAUGCGUGCGACGGUCUCGAGUACGAGACGUCGGCCAACACACUCGACCUUCGCUUUGUACCGGACGACGUCACCUUUGCGCAUGCCCCGAAGGAGAAGGCGACGUCGGUGCCCGACUCGUACACGCCCGCGAUCUUUGCGACGCUCGCGCUCCAAAACACAGAGCUCGAGCUGACGUGGGAAGCCGACGAUGGCGAGCGCAACGAGCGCCUCACGCGCAUUGCGAACUGGAAGGACAUGCACGACGACGACUUCGCCCAGUAUGUGGCGUCGGAAGUGUCGUCGUCCGAAGAUGAGGACGAUACCGACAAGGCGUCGAGCGCGGCAAAGGUCGAGAAGCUCAAGCAAAAGUACCGCGCGGCGCUGCUCGGCGAUUUGGCCAACGACGACAAUGGCAACGACGACAAUGGCUUCAACGACGACUUUUCGGCAAGGACGAAGGCGCAAAAGGAGCUCGAGGCCAACGAGACGCCGUUUGAAAAGUAUCAGCGCGAGAAGAAGCUCGAGAAGAACGAGAAGAAGCGCAACAAGAAGCAGGAGGCCAAGGCCGCGCAUGCGGCGCAGCUCGAAGCGCUCAAGCAGGCCAAGAAGGGCAAGCACGCAGCGGCCAAGAAGGCCGACGACGUAAUUGGCAGCGACGACGACGAGCGCGACUUUGACAUGAAGGUCAUUUCCAAGGUCGACAAGCACAAGGAAAAGAAGGGCAAGCGCCACAAGAAGGAACUGGCCAAGCUUGAGAAGGCCGCGGGCCGCCAAGCGGACUUUCAGUUUAACGCUGCCGAUGAUCGUUUCGGCCAGCUUGUCAACAACAACCCCGACUUUAGCUUGGACCCGACGGACGCGCGCUUCAAGCGCACGGAAGCCACGGAAGCGAUUUUUGAGGCGCGUCGCAAGAAGCAGUCGCAGCCGGCGACGGCAACGCCGACGUCGACCGAGCCUAACAGUGGCAAGGGCGAGCUCAAGUCGCUCGUGGACUCGCUCAAGCGCAAGGCCCAAGCACCGCCCAAGCAUGCCAAGAAGCAGCGCUUUUAA